GCUACGACUGCCACCCAGUCUGUCUGUAUCAGGACUGGAGGACUUUUUGGUGGAGGAAACACAAUGAAAACAUUAUUCCCUCAGCCCAUCCACCAUGGCGUCCUCCCAGGAACGCGCCCUCCAGACCCUGAGCGCAGAGUUGGCCCGGCUGGAUCGGCAGAUCACCGCCCUACUGAAGAAGCAGGACGAGCUCCUUCGGCAGAAGUCGAAGCUCGAAGCCGCCCGGGAAGUUUCCCCCUCGGUGGUGGCGCCAGCGUCGUCUUUCCGCGCGCCGGGAGACGCCGUUCUCACGCCAGCCCCGCAUGGUCCCUGGGAACGCCAGCGCCGCAGAGGGCCCUGCAGACCCACACCGCCGCCCCAGCCGAUCUUCGCCUCCGGAAACCGUUUCGCCGCCCUCAGUACACCGCAUACGCCCUCACCUACGUCCCGGGCCUCCUCGCCGCCGCCCGCCCCAGCGCCCCGGACCUCGUCACCCGCCCCAGCGCCCCGGGCCUCGCCGCCCGCCCCAGCGCCCCGGCGCUCUUCACAGGACUCCGUUUAUGUUAUUGGUAGUUCUAUUGUCUGCCACGUUCAAGUAAAGGUUAGAAACACCCAUGCCACUGUCUCCUGUUUUCCAGGUGCUCGUGUCUUAGAUAUAGCCAAGCGCCUCCCCUCGGCUCUCAGACGAAACGUCUUCGGGACCGUGGUGAUCCAUGUCGGGACCAACGACAUCCUCGACCGUCGUAGCGAGGUCCUGAAGGAGCACUACCAGACGCUGCUGGACACCGCCAGGAAGAAGACGGACGCCAGGAUCGUCAUCUCCGGACCGCUACCCACCUACAGGAGGGGAUCCGAGCGGUUCAGCAGGCUCUUCGCGCUGCAGUCCUGGCUCCGCGGAUGGUGCGCCCUCAAUGGCUUGACCUACGUGGACAACUGGGCCUCGUUUUGGGAACAGCCGGCGCUCUUCCGGAGGGACGGCCUCCACCCUAGUCAGGUAGGAUCUGUUGUUCUCUCACGGAACAUCGAGAGGGCCAUCCGCUGACUACACAGCGAAGGCCACGUAAGUAGCGGCAAAGAUAGAAACGCUACAGCUCAUAAUGCUAGUGUUAGCACUGAGAAUAAGACGAUUAUUAGCACCAGUUGCGUCAGACCAGUUGCGUCACCUAGGUUCCACUGUAUUGAGACUGUGUCUCUGCCCCGAAUUAAAUCUAAAUCUAAAUGUAGAAUAACUCAAUCAGCCCGUUUCGACAACCUGAUCAAUAUUAAAUCAUAUUCAGAUGAUAGCAGCAACACCUCAACUCUAAAAUUUGGGUUACUCAAUAUAAGAUCACUAAACUCAAAAGCAGUAAUCAUAAAUGAAUUUAUAAGUGAUCAUAAAUUUGACGUUUUUUGUCUUACUGAAACAUGGGUUAGACAGGAUGAUUAUUCAGCACUAAAUGAAGCCACCCCCAU